GUAUAUAAGGGCGAAGGAGGCACACACAGGCAGACAGACGCAUCACUCCCUCGACAACACCUCUAGUAGUCUGCUCAUCGACCCCAAGAACAGUAAACAUCAACAUUUCUUUCGUCUGUCUCCCUGUUUCUUCACCUCGCUCUCGAACUCACGCUUCCUCCUGUGAGUGGUUUCUGUAGCAGCCAUGAGGGUCGCUACCUGUCUCAUCCUUCCAGUUCUUCUCGGGGUCUGCUUCGCUUCAAGACUGAAUGGACACAGUCAUGGCAACGGUAAUGGCAACGGCAACGGCAACGGCUUCACCUAUGGCGCUAACGGCAACGGGAAUGGUGCCAACGGCAACGGAAGAUACAGAAAUGGAAACGGGAACGGUGUGAACGGCAAUGGUGCCGUUAAUGGCAACGGUUACACCAACGGAAACGGAAGGAGAAACGGAUUAACCAGAUACGGGCUUCCCAAUGGCAACGGUUAUACUAAUGGUGCUAAUGGCAACGGUGCUGCGAAUGGCAAUGGCUACACCAACGGCAACGGUGCUGUCAACGGCAACGGCUACACGAACGGCAACGGUGCUGUCAACGGCAACGGCAACGGUGCUGUCAACGGCAACGGUUACACCAACGGCAACGGUGCUGUCAACGGCAACGGUUUUACCAACGGAGUCAACGGCAACGGCUACACGAACGGCAACGGUGCUGUGAACGGCAACGGUAACGGUGCUGUUAACGGAAAUGGUAAUGGCAACGGGUACUCCUACCAGCCCCCUAGUGUACCUGUGAACCUGUACCAGACCCCAGGCAGCAACGGCAACGGUGCUGUGAACGGCAACGGCGCUGUUAACGGAAAUGGUUACACCAACGGUGUCAACGGCAACGGCGGUGUCAACGGAAACGGUUACACCAACGGUGUCAACGGCAACGGCGCUGUUAACGGAAACGGUUACUCCAACGGUGUCAACGGCAACGGCGCUGUUAACGGAAACGGUUACUCCAACGGUGUCAACGGCAACGGCGCUGUUAACGGAAACGGUUACUCCAACGGUGUCAACGGCAACGGCGCUGUUAACGGAAACGGUUACUCCAACGGUCGCGUCAACGGCAACGGUGCCGUUAAUGGAAACGGUUACUCCAACGGUGUCAACGGCAACGGUGCUGUUAAUGGAAAUGGUUACUCCAACGGCCGCGUCAACGGAAAUGGAGCCGUUAACGGAAACGGUUAUUCUAACGGUCGCGUGAACGGAAACGGUGCCGUUAACGGAAACGGUUACUCCAAUGGCCGCGUCAACGGAAAUGGCGCCGUUAACGGAAAUGGUUACUCCAAUGGCCGCGUCAACGGAAAUGGCGCCGUUAACGGAAAUGGUUACUCCAAUGGCCGCGUCAACGGGAAUGGCGCCGUUAACGGAAACGGUUACUCCAAUGGCCGCGUCAACGGAAAUGGCGCCGUUAACGGAAAUGGUUACUCCAAUGGCCGCGUCAACGGCAACGGUGCUGUCAACGGUAAUGGUUAUUCCAACGGUCGCGUCAACGGUAACGGUUACUCUAACGGGCGUGUCAAUGGAAACGGUGCUGUGAAUGGUAACGGUUACUCAAACGGUCGCGUCAACGGAACGGUGCUGUCAACGGCAAUGGUUACACCAAUGGAGUCAACGGUAAUGGAGUGAACGGCAACGGGUACACUAACGGAGUCAAUGGCAAUGGUGCUGUUAACGGCAAUGGGUACACCAACGGCGUCAACGGUAAUGGAGUUAAUGGCAAUGGUUACACCAACGGAGUCAAUGGCAAUGGUGCUGUUAAUGGCAACGGUUACACCAACGGUGUUAACGGCAACGGAGUGAACGGAAACGGUUACACUAACGGCGUUAACGGUAAUGGCGCUGUCAACGGUAACGGUGCUGUCAACGGCAACGGCAACGGCAACGGGUACUCGUACCAGCCCCCCAGCGUUCCCGUCAACCUGUACCAGACCCCACAAGGCUAAUGCGACGUCUGCCCCUUGAAUCCCCCUUUGGUUCCCAGCCCCACCCUGAUGGCGACCACCCACCCGACCAUCCCACCCACCUAAUGGCGACCACCAACUCCACCACCCUUCCCAUCUCGGCAGCCGCGCAGGCGCCCCCUCCCCCAUAAACACACACACACACACACACACACACACACACACACACACACACACACCUGAACCACACACGGUGAAUGGACACAAUGCAGCGAUAACGAUGCAAACAAACCAUGAAGAGAAGUGAUGGAUAUAAAAAAAGGAAAGAAUAAAAGAAAACUACAAGAUAAAAAAAAAUAUAUAUAUUUGUGAAAUUUAAAAGAUAAGAAAAAAAAAAAAAACCGAGUAUUUAAAGAAGAAUAGGUAAGCGAUCAGGUAGAGUUCUCAUUCUCGCUGCAGGUUUCCACAGGUGUUGCCAAAGUCUCAUAUAUCUAUCUAUCCAUAUCUCAGAAACCAGAACUAAUAAGAAAAACCCACACAAGAUUCCCUAUCACAAAAAAAAAAAAAAAAAAUAGAACAUAAAUAUCUAACAUUUGAAUUUUCCGUCUUGUUUAUCUGCUUAAAUUAACUACAACUAUUUCACAUCAAAAGAUCAAGCUAAAAAUGUUGAAGAUCCUAGAAGUUUCUCACUUUCUGCAAAAUAACUAAUUGGUUGCCUGUACAUUUGGCUGCCAGGUGAACACUCUUAUGUUGGGUGGGUUCCAAGUGCCAAAGGGCUUAGCUUCCCCUUGUUUCACUCUGUCCCUCCUCCAUUGCUUGUAGCUACAUAAUUUAUUGCUUGAUAGACACCCUUUCCCCAUGAACACUAAAUUAUUGACGUCUGUCUACGAAUCAUCGAAGAAAACGAAAUAAAAAGAAAAGUAUA